AUGCAGAGGACUAGGUGGCUGGUCCUUGUGCUGGUGACAGCUGCCGGUGGUGUGUCGCCGCUUGCCUUGUCGGAAGUGAGUGGGCGCAUAAUCAACGGGGAGCCUGCAGCCCUUGAAGAGUUCCCUGCGCAGCUGUCCCUGCAGAAGAAUGGUCGCCACUCGUGCGGAGCGUCCAUCCUCAGCGACUACUGGGCGCUGACUGCGGCUCACUGCGUUUACGCACUUGUUAGUGGCACCGUUCUGGAGUUGCUAUCAGGCACCAACACUCUGGACGAGGGAGGCACCCGCCACUCCGUAACGUCCAUCGUCAUCCACCCGCAGUACGACGAGUCCGACUCCUGGGUCAACGAUGUCGCAGUGCUUAGGGUGUGGAUGCCGUUCCCGCUGAACGGUGAGACAGUGGCGCCGAUCCAGCUGCCUGCGCAGGGAGAGGACACACCUGCCGGAUCACCAGUCACCGUGGUCGGUUGGGGGCGCCUCUCGUUCGACGGGAACAUCUCGAACAGCCUGCAGAAGGUGGACAUCGAGGUGUGGGACCGGGACCUGUGCUCGUCGCUCUUCGAGGACGGCUUUCAGUCUCCGGUCUACCCCACGCAGAUCUGCGCUGCUGGCGUCGACGAACGGGGGUCGUCUUGUGACGGCGACUCUGGAGGCCCCCUGCUGCAUGAGGGCGUCGUCGUGGGUCUGGUGUCGUGGUCCUACCGCUGCGCCACACCUCCCUACCCCACAGUCUACACCAGGGUCUCCAGCUACGUCGAUUGGAUCGGUGGCGCACUACUGCGGAAGCCUUCGGUACUAAAGGGACGUAUAGUCAACGGCGUCGAAGCGGAACCAGGGGAGUUCCCUUAUCAACUGUCGCUGCAGAAGAACGCAGAACACUGGUGUGGCGCCGUCAUCUUGAACGAAGACUGGGCACUCACUGCAGCUCAGUGUGUCGAAGACGACGACACGUACGAGGUGUUAGCUGGUACCAACACCCUCAGUGAAGGCGGCACCCGACACACGGUGACAUUCAUAAGCUCUCAUGAGGGUUAUGACGCCAGUGAUUCCUGGAUCAACGACAUCGCCGUGCUCAAGAUGGAACUAUGUAAUUAUGUGAAGACUCAGUAUGAUGAUAAUCCUGACAGCAAACUUGUCAUUCCUGAUCAAAUGUGA